AAUGAAUGGUCAAUUUCGAAAAAGUUCCGAUUCUUCUUUAAAAAAUGAAAGAGUUGACUAGAGAAUAAAAUUAACAAAAUUACUCCCCAAUUAUUCAUUUUUAAAAAUAUAAUACCCGUUUUGGUAAUUACAACAAUCUUCCCCUCAGCUUACUCCUAAAGCAGUGACGCAAAACUCUCUUUCCCUCGGUAAUAGCAAAACACAAAAGCCCCUAUAACUUUUCGCAAUUCCAAACAAGGAGAGCAGAAAAAUGGAUAUUUAUGGUUCAGCCAUGGAUGUUGAUGGUGACAAUUUUGGGACUUGUUUAACCAGUUUUGUUGAUAAUGGUACUGUUGAGAGUCACAGGUACUUUCUUGCACGAAGAACUAUUCUUGAAAUGCUUAGGGAUCGUGGUUUUGCUAUACCCAAUUCUGAAAUUGACAUCACCCUUCAAGAAUUCAGAGAGAAAUUUGGUCAAAGACCUGAUGUUGAACGCCUCAGAAUCAUCGCCAUGCAUAGGAAUGACCUUACUAAUAAGGUUUUGGUCAUCUUCUGUGGGCCAAAUUCCGUGAGAGUCAAUUUCAUCCGCAGUAUUUUAGCUCAAAUAAUGAACAAGGAAUCCUUGAAUCGACUGAUAUUAGUCAUUGAAAAUCCAAUGACUAGUCAAGCUACGAAGGUUUUGGAGGGCUCCUCAUUCAAAACUGAAACUUUCCAGAUCACAGACUUGCUUGUCAACAUCACAAAACAUGUUCUUAAGCCAAAGCAUGAGUUGUUGACCAAGGCAGAGAAGGAGAAGCUGUUGAAGAAGUACAACUUGGAAGACAAACAGCUACCACGGAUGUCUCAGAAGGAUGCAAUUGCUCGGUACUAUGGACUGGAGAAGGGGCAAGUUGUGAAGGUCACCUACAGCAGUGAGAUCAUCGAGACACAUGUUACUUAUCGAUGUGUCUGGUGAUGCGCAACUAUGUAAAUCUUAUGUAGCAGUGAAUGAGGGUCUGCAGCAGCCUAACUUACCAUAUCUUGUUCUGUUAACAACAUGCUGGUUUAACUCCCUCUUUCAUCCCCUGGGAUUCCCUUCUCUAUCUUAGCUCAUAUGAAGAGCUUGUAGUAGUAAAUAUACUAAUAUGUUGGUACACUUCUAUCAUUGUUGCUAUGUUUUUACUUGUAUGUCUCAACAUAAUACUUUUGUACUAAUUCCACCCCCCACCCAUCUUCAUAAA